AAACUCUUGUCAUCCUCUUAUUCUAUAAACCAUGAAACCACUUUACAAAUAUCAAUUCUUUUUAGAGAUAGAGUCAACAAAAUGCAGACUCUUUCUCACCCCACCUUUAGCUUUCUUACUUUUAAUUCUUUUUCAAACAAAACAAAUUUCUCAAGGUACUCAAGACAAUGUGAGAAUUCAGCAUUUAGACAUGUUUUACCAAUGGUUUCCAAUCAUUUUGAUGCCAUUGAGUGCAGGGGCCUUAAGUGCCAAGCAAGUAAAGAACCAAUGUGGAAGUUAAACGGUAUUUGUUGCUUCAAAAAAUUGAUCCACAAGAAUAAAUCAAUAAGGGAAGAUGAAGAGGUUGCUUACGCUAUAUCGUAUGGCGGAUUGCUGAAUUUUAUGCUUUUAUUUGGAUAUCUAACACUUCAAGGAUCUCAACAAGCACUUGCCGGAACAGACUUUGCUGGUGGACCGCAGUCGAUUCCUUUCCUGGGAGACCUUGGUGAUAUUAGCACAGGUUUUGCUUCAGCAUUCUUGCUGAUAUUUUUCUCAGAGCUUGGGGACAAAACAUUUUUCAUAGCGGCACUUUUAGCCGCUAGGAAUUCUGCUGCCAGCGUUUUCGCUGGGACAUUUGGUGCACUUGCGGUAAUGACACUCAUAUCUGUUGGUCUUGGGAGAACUUUUCACUAUGUAGAUGAGAUCCUUCCAUUCAGAUUGGGUGAGAAUGAUUUGCCAGUUGAUGAUAUUGCCGCAGUCUGCCUUUUGGUGUAUUUUGGGGUUUCAACGCUGAUUGAUGCCAGCUCGAGUGACGGUUUAAAAGCGGAAGAUGAGCAAAAGGAGGCAGAACUAGCAGUCUCGGAGUUCUCAGGAAAUGGUGCAGGGAUCAUAGCAGCUGCUAGCACCAUUAUCAGCACAUUUGCCUUGGUUUUUGUUGCUGAAUGGGGGGACAAAUCAUUUUUCUCCACAAUAGCACUUGCCGCAGCCUCUUCACCUCUCGGUGUCAUUGGCGGAGCCCUGGCUGGUCAUGGCACUGCAACUCUGAUUGCUGUUUUGGGUGGUUCUUUACUUGGAACAUUCUUAUCGGAAAAGGUUAUUGCAUACACUGGAGGUGUUCUGUUCCUCGUCUUCGCGGCUAUAACAUUGGUUGAGAUUGUGAGUUAAAGGUUAGGAGAAAUUUAUAUUCAUAUGUUUAUACGCUAUGUUGUAUGGAAACUUUGGCGCUUUUAUGAAACUCCAAAAUUCUAUAUUUCUAAUAUAUUUUUUUAAAGAAUA